AUGUUCUGGUGUGUUCAAUCCAUACGCUAUUGGGUUAGUCAGGCUGAUCAACAAGUGUCAAUAAGGUGUUGGGUUAGUCAGGCUGAUCAACAAGUGUCAAUAAGGUGUUGGGUUAGUCAGGCUGAUCAACAAGUGUCAAUAAGGUGUUGGGUUAGUCAGGCUGAUCAGCAAGUGUCAAUAAGGUGUUGGGUUAGUCAGGCUGAUCAACAAGUGUCAAUAAGGUGUUGGGUUAGUCAGGCUGAUCAACAAGUGUCAAUAAGGUGUUGGGUUAGUCAGGCUGAUCAGCAAGUGUCAAUAAGGUGUUGGGUUAGUCAGGCUGAUCAACAAGUGUCAAUAAGGUGUUGGGUUAGUCAGGCUGAUCAACAAGUGUCAAUAAGGUGUUGGGUUCGUCAGGCUGAUCAACAAGUCUCAAUAAGGUGUUGGGCUAGUCAGGCUGAUCAACAAGUGUCAAUAAGGUGUUGGGUUAGUCAGGCUGAUCAACAAGUCUCAAUAAGGUGUUGGGUUAGUCAGGCUGAUCAACAAGUGUCAAUAAGGUGUUGGGUUAGUCAGGCUGAUCAACAAGUGUCAAUAAGGUGUUGGGUUAGUCAGGCUGAUCAACAAGUGUCAAUAAGGUGUUGGGUUAGUCAGGCUGAUCAACAAGUGUCAAGGUGUUGGGUUAGUCAGGCUGAUCAACAAGUCUCAAUAAGGUGUUGGGUUAGUCAGGCUGAUCAACAAGUGUCAAUAAGGUGUUGUGUUAGUCAGGCUGAUCAACAAGUCUCAAUAAGGUGUUGGGUUAGUCAGGCUGAUCAACAAGUGUCAAUAAGGUGUUGGGUUAGUCAGGCUGAUCAACAAGUGUCAAUAAGGUGUUGGGUUAGUCAGGCUGAUCAACAAGUGUCAAUAAGGUGUUGGGUUAGUCAGGCUGAUCAGCAAGUCUCAAGCCUCAAACACCUUAGUAAUAUAUUCUGUCCAUGGACUCAUGCUACUCAUUUUCACUGGGGGUGUGUGUCCCAAGUGGCAACUCAUUCUACAUUUGACCAGGGUCCAUAUGGGGGAAUAGGAAGUCAUUAAUGACCGGGGCCCAUAUGAGGGGAUUGGAAGUCAUUAAUGACCGGGGCCCAUAUGGGGGGAAAGGAAGUCAUUAAUGACCGGGGCCCAUAUGGGGGGAUAGGGUCCCAUUAGAGAUGCAGCUUUUCACUGGGACAUCCAGUGACUACAGCAGGUGUGUUGUCUGAAGAUGGAGCCAGUAGCAGCCUACUGGGCCUUACGCUUUGAUGUCGCUCUCCUGUGGCCUCACUUCUUCAUUUGAGCCUUGGUUUUAUUUCAUAUAAAUCAAGAAGACGUGCUUUUUGAUUUGUCUGUUGAGUGUAAGGGGUUGUCCCAAAUUUCACCCUAUUCCCUAUGUAGUGCACUACUAUGGGCCCUAUUCCCCAUGUAGUGCGCUACUAUGGGCCCUAUUCCCUAUGUAGUGCACUACUAUGGGCCCUAUUCCCUAUGUAGUGCACUACUA